CGUGGACGGUAGAGGCGGCAGCGACCUAGAGCCCGCGUCGCAGUUCGCGGCCACGUAGAGGCCGGGCGAGCCCGGGCACCGGGACCCGGCCCAGGCUCGGCGAGCAGCUCUGCGCGCUGCUGGGGUCAUGGUAUACUGAAAAAGCACUCAAUCAAGAGAAAUCUGGGGGGAGCUGGAAACUAUCAAGUUAUUGAGGCCACACAGGGGGCAGAAAAGAUAGAGAUGUUGCUAUGAGGACAGAUUCAUCAAAAAUGACGGAUGUGGAGCCUGUGGUCAACAAUUUUGCAUCAUCAGCAAGGGCAGGCCGCCGGAAUGCUCUAGCAGACAUCCAGGGUUCAGCUGCCAUGGGCGGAACCUCGGAGUUGCCCCUCAAACCGGAGGUCCUCUCCGGGAAGGAAGAUGUGAAAAAGAAAGAUAAAGAAACAGCACAAGACCAAUUGGAAAAGCCCAAAGAUGAAGGAAAAUGAAGGCUCAUUACCUAUCAAAAGUGCUGAAUUUCUGCACAUUGAAAGACUUAGUGGCUCUGCUUUCCUGAGAUGUUUGAUCUGGUAGUAACUAUGGUAACAUUGCUGCCCUAAGCAACAUGUGUGUACUAGAUAAUUCUGUUAUGACGCUACUCACUUGGAUUGCAACCGUGAUGUCCAGUGUAGGUUAUUAAAGGCAGAUUACUUCCGAAUUGCACCCAAGAGAGAGGUUAAGAAUGCAUGGUCACUUAAAUACAUAUCAUUGUCUAUA